AUUUUCGCCAAGCUUAGUCGUUUUCUCCAUCUCUACCACCUUUCUUCAAUUGCGUUGGUAGACCAGAACACAGGGAAUUCUCCUGAAGCCUUUUCGGCCGAAGUAGAUUCCGAAUGCUCAUAGAUCUAUUAGCUACUCGGGCCUUCAAUUUGUUCUGUUUUACUCUCAAUUUUGUUCGCAUAUACAUCACAUGUACGUAUACAGAAGAAAUUGAGAUGUGUGCCGGGAACAAAUUAUGGUUAUUCACAAAGAAGUCCAUAACUGGAGCUUUGAUUGGUAUAACAGUGUCUGAUCGAUAUGCAAGCAUUGCUACUAUAAGAGGCAGUUCUAUGCAUCCAACAUUUUCAGCUUCUGAAGUUGGUUUGUCUGGACUUCUUAAAGCUGAUAUUGUACUAGUUGAAAAAUUCUGCCUGGAAAAAUAUGAAUUCUCACGUGGGGACGUUAUCAUUUUCAAAUCUCCAACUAACCACAGGCAGACUUUUGCUAAAAGAUUAAUUGCAUUGCCUGGUGACUGGGUGCAAAUUCCAGAGUCUUCUGAUGUUUUUACAAUCCCGGAAGGUCAUUGUUGGGUUGAAGGUGAUAAUGCUGCGCAUAGUUUUGAUUCACGAUCUUUUGGCUCUGUUCCCUUAGGGUUGAUUCAAGGGAGGGUAACUCAUGUUAUAUGGCCACCCCAGAGAAUAAGCAAAGUGGAAAGAAAGACGGCAUCGGAGAGAUGUUCACCACAAUGAUUUGCUUUGAUAUGAAAAUUCUAACCAUUUCCAGUUAUAUUUGGAUCGUUGGCAAAGCUGUUGUACGUUUGGUUCACUCAUUCAUCAACAAUUUUCGCAAAUAAUGGGAUUUUUUUGUACCUUUUCCUUUUCUAACAAUCUUACAAGAUCCAUUUUCCAUGAUUUUCGUAGGGAACUUACUUUUCUGUCACGUUUUUUGUUACUCUAAAACUGUACUGGGGUGGACACUCCCCAUUCCCAAGUCAUGUGUGGGAAAUGAUAUAUUUUUUUUUCUAUGAUUGUUAAAAUCAAAAUAAAAAUUAUAUGUGAGCAUAAA